AUGGCAGUACUAACUUUUAUCAUUCUUUUGUUGAACGCAGCCCUUGCGGUAGCCUCGCCACUAAACAAAAAGGCCAUCAUUGACGACUGUCUUGCAGCGUCCAAUGUCCCUUUCAACAAAAAGGACAGCUCACAGUGGCAGGCGGACAGCGCACCAUUUAACGUCAGAAUACCCUACAUCCCUGUAUCCAUCGCAGUUCCUUUGACAACCGAGAAUAUCCAAGCUGCAGUCAAAUGCGGUCGAGAUAACGGAGUCAAGGUGACUCCAAAAUGCGGUGGGCACAGCUACGCUAACUUCGGCUUCGGCGGCGAAGAUGGACACUUGAUGCUAGAGCUCGACCACAUGUACAACGUCACUCUAGAUAAUACCACCGGAAUCGCGACGGUUCAAGCAGGAUCUCGGCUGGGCCAUGUUGCGAGUGAGCUUUACAAGCAAGGCGGCAAAGCAAUCAGCCAUGGCACUUGUCCUGGAGUGGGCAGCGCCGGUCAUGUUCUUCAUGGUGGUUACGGCAUGAGCUCUCAUACCAAAGGGCUCGCGCUCGACUGGCUCAUUGGCGCCAAAGUCGUUCUUGCCAACAGUACUGUCGUGACUGCCUCCGAAACCGAGAAUCCCGACCUCUUUUGGGCACUUAAAGGUGCGGGUAGCUCGCUUGGUGUGGCUACGGAGUUCUAUUUCAAGACUUUCGAUGCGCCAAGGGAGGCCACCAACUUUCUUGCAUUGCUUCAAUGGGAUGCAUUGAAGUCCAUCAACGGCUUCAAGGUUCUUCAAGAUUGGGUCGAAGAGGACAUGCCUAAAGAGCUCAACAUGCGGCUCUUCAUCACCCCUCGAUUUACCAACCUUGAAGGCAUGUUCUAUGGCAAUAAGACUGGUCUUCAAGCUAUUCUAGACCCUCUGCUUGCUAAAUUAGGUGGACGUUUGACUACGUCGCAGACAACCGACUGGCUUGGCAACCUUCAACAUUUCGGUAACGGCAUGGCGCUAGAUCAGAAGGACACUUACAAGAAGCAGGAAAACUUCUACUCAUCCAGUCUUUACACCGAUAAACUCACGGAUGAUCAAAUCAACUCGUUCGUGAGUUUCUGGUACACUGUUGGGAAGCCAUUGAAGCGAGACUGGUACGUUCAAGUCGACUUCCACGGAGGCAAGAACUCCGUCAUCUCGCAACUACCUGCCAAUUCGUCUGCAUACGCCCAUCGCGACAAGUUGCUUCUCUACCAAUUUUAUGACCGAGUCGAUCUCUCGGCAACAUACCCUGAGGAUGGCUUCUCAUUUCUUCGGGGGUUUGUCGCAAAUGCUACUGUUGGCAUGCAGCCGGAAGACCACGGCAUGUACUUCAACUACCCGGAUCCGAAUAUGAAGCAGGCCGAGGCCCAGGAAAAGUACUGGGGGAAGAGUCUUCCCACAUUACGAGAGAUCAAAGCGGCUGUGGACCCAGAUGAGAUUUUCUAUUUUCCGCAAAGUGUGAGACCGGCAUCCGUCGUCGAGCUAUGA